UCCCAGUCCCAGUCCCCAGUCAGUAGAGGUUGAGCAGUCGCCGAGCGAGCACGUCACGUACGUCACGCCGCUCCUCGUCACGUGACACACACGCACGCGUCCGUCGUCACACGCGCCCGCGCGCGCGCGCCGCUGCCGAGAACACGGCGCACCGGAGGGACAUCACCUCGACCAGCAGCAGCAGUCAGCGGCCACCACCGGGACGGCGGAGGACAGCGGCCCCCGCGGAGGAUGUAAAGUGACGUGCCAGUCGCGGUAAAAACAAGAAAGAGAAAGAAGACAUGACGCUCGCGACGGAGCGCUCUGCCGCGCUCUGCGAGUGAGCACACCGACAACCGACACUGCGACACGCACCAGGCGAGCGCGACCUUUCGUCUCAACGUCUACCCGGCACUGCACUCGCAUGGGGAUUCUCGUCCGACUUUGCCAGGUGUGGCUGGUGGCGGCGCUGUGCUGCGCGGCCGUCACGGCCGUGCCCGCCCACGAUCAGGGCGGCCACCACCACCUCCAGGGCGGCCACCACGGCCGGCAGGACGGCCACCACGGCCCGAGCCAUGGCCGGCAGGUGCAGGCCGGCCGCUGCGGCGAGCGGCGGUACUGGAACGCGAGCCAGCAGAGCUGCAUGGACUGCACCCAGUGCCCGGAGCUGACCAUGAGGCCCUGCGAUGGGUUCCGCGACGCCAAGUGCGCCCCGCUGUCCAGCCUAGUGAUCGACUGGAGCUGGCUCAGACAGCAGCAGCCCGCGCCCACCCCAGCCGACCGCAAGAAGCAUGGCGGCGUGCACGAGCGGAUCAACUCGCUGACCGAGGCGGAGGCGCUGCUCCGGGACGAGCUCAAGCACAUUCCGAGCCGUGACAAGAUCGUGGACUUCGGCGACGACUACAUCCUCCCGGAUCACCCGCGGCAGCCGCUGCCGCACAAGAAGCAGACCCGCAAGAGCAAGAAGGCCCAUAAGGCCAAGCCGUUCGGAGACUACGACGACUUCGCCGACUUCGGGGCGAGCGGGGACGCCGUCGGGGACCCGGUGAGCGACGACGAGGACAUCGCGCAGGCCGUGUGGCGCAAGAGCCACCGGGCGUCCUCGACGGCGGCCCCGGCCUCCACGGCCGCGCCGACGACCACCACCACGACCACGGCCAGGCCAACCACCAUCAGCCUGGUCGAGGACUUCAUCGUCAUCAAGGAGGAGCAGGAGGCCGCACGCCCGGACCUGGACGUCGUGGCCACGACGCAGACCUUCACGACGGCCGAGACCCUGGUCUGGGACUGGCAGGCCGGCGUCCUGGUGGCUGCCGUGUGCGCCUGCCUCCUCUUCUUUAUCGUGGCCGCCGCCUACUCCUGCCAGCACGCCUGGCACUUCAAGAAGCUCAAGAAGAACCUCGACGCCGACAUGGAGGAGAUCUCCGCGAGGCUGGCGCUCAUGUCCGGGAUGGGCGCGGAGCACUUCCAGGACACCGGUGCCACGCCCACCGUCAUCAACGAGAAGGCCGGCGGCGCCGCGUUUCCAGUGAGAAGAGGGGACCACCUCCGCACCGGGAGACAGCAGAACGACUACAGCGUCGCCACGGGGCCCAGGAAGACGCGGGUGUGAGCGCUCCGGCACCGGAAAACCUUUCUUGUACAAAUACAGUAGACGCUUUCAUGCCACACUAUCAUUCAUCUGUAAAUAAAUUAUUGCUGAACUGUUUUGUUAGACAUCUGAACGGAAAUCCGAAAAUAAAACGUCAGAAUCAUGUUGGUUAA